GAAAUUUGUGAAUAUAGGAAACGACUCGUCGUCGCUUUUAACAACAAAAUUGAGAAUAUUCGGAACAAGUCCCGAGACACACGACACAUAAUUCACACAAAUUAUUGAAGCGUUUGCCAAACGAAGCUUAUCUUAUAUUUUUUUUUUGUAUAAUACGUUUUGCGCCAUGGAUACGCUGCCCGAUACGGUGGCCCAGGAGCCGGUCGGCAAGCCGCGUCGCCGCGGCCCAGCUGACUGCGCAGUGGUGGUUGCCACAACGGCCGUGAAGCCCAAGGCGACCAAGGCGGAAGGAUCUAAGAAACUGAAGAAAAAACUGGAGAUGUUCGAGAACGAGAAUCAGUCGCUGACCAAGGCCAUCAGCGACAAGAACAAGGAGAUUACGGCACUGAAGAGAUCCGUGGACUCGCUCAACGAUGUCCUCAAUUCGGUGCCCAUUGACGAAUUGCGCUGCAACUCCUCGAUAGCCGGCACCAAGAUCCUCGAGCUGAGCAAAAAGAACCGGCAGAUGCGCGCAGAGUUGGAGCAGGCUAAGAAUCGGCUGGAGAAGAAGGAUCAGCUGAUCGUUAAGAUGGAGCGUGAGCUCAAAGCCAACGAGGAGAAGAUCCAUCAGCACCAGGAGUUGCUCAAGCGGGGCAACUCGGCGGAGGAGCUCCAAGCGAAGCUGACUGCCAUUCAGCAGAAGCUCUUCGAGUCGCGCAACAGGAGCACGGAGCUGCAGAACCAAUUGAAACUCGCCCAAAAGUGCCUACAGCACGAGAUCGGCGAGAGCUGCAACAUCAACAUUCUGGCCAACAAUCUCAAUCAGGCCAAUUGGCGCGGACGGGCACAGCAGAUCCUCAAUCUGCAGCAGAAGGUGCAGGAGCUGCGGGCCCGCGUGGAGUACUACGAGGAACGAAUGUCCGAUCGUUCCGAGUAUGCGCCCAUACCUUUGGGCUCCGAUCUGGAUAGUGUCUCUGGCUCUGGCUACUCGCGCACGCCACGCCUGGCCAACGGCCAGCCACUUGCCACUGCAGACUGUCUAGGGGGCGGCGCUACCUUUGACCGCUUCACGCCUGGCGUACGCAAAAGCGAGAUCCUGCACCAGGCCAAGGUGGAGGCAUUGGAGAAGCACAUCAUGGACGUGCAGUCGCAGCUGGAGGAGCAGCGCAACCGGACGCUGGCCCUCAAGGUGCGCAACAAGACGCUGAACGAGGAGGUGGCCAAGUACAAGAUGCGCUCCUCAGAACUGGAGGAGCAGACCGACUACAAUGGCAUCAACAUCAGCACCAUGGGCGAGCGGCUCGAUCGCCAGCGCUACCAGUACGAGCAGCGUCUGGAAGACAUGCGCGCGGAUCUGACACGUCUGACGGAGGAGAGGGACGGUGCCAGACGACAGCUGGAGGAGCUGAGUGGCAUGUAUCUGGAGCUGGAGACGAUUCUUAAACAGAAGGAGGUAUCCAUCACGAGUCUCCAGGAAAUGACGAAGAAGCUGGAAAUGGAUUUGCGCGCGCUCUCCGGGGGAUUCCUCUUCUCCUGUCGCGAGUUUCGCAAGGAAGAAUUCGUGGGCAUUCUGGAUGCCCUGGAGGUGGAGAAGAAUCAGCUUAUGCUCCUCACCAAGAGCCUCAACGAGCGUCUGUCGGUGGAGCGGACCAAGAACGAGAGCAUCCAGGAGCUGAAUGCCAAGUUAAAGGCGCGCAUCAGUCGCAUGGAGGCCAAGAUCCGGGAAAUGGAAAAGGAGCUGGACAUCCAGUCUGAUAAGAAGAAGCGCACACAGCGAAUAGCCGACUAUGCGAGUUCGCUGAGUCGCACUUCUCUUAACGGAUCCAUUGGAUCGUUCUGUUUCGAUAACCAAUCCCACUAUCAAUCUGCCGGCACCUUGAACAGCAACGUCUCCACGGAACCUAAAAUAGAGGAUCUAAAGAAUCAAUUGGAGCUCGCGCAAGAGAAGAUCACCAUGCUGACGGAGAAACUCGAUUAUGUCACCGAGGAGAAGAUCGCAGAUGCCAAAUUCUUUGAGGAAACCAUGCAGAACUCCAAGACCAUCAUUCUGGAGACCAUUGUAGGCGCCCAUGAGGGUACCAUCUCUGGUGGUGAUGUGGCAGCAGCACCCCAGAAACGGCUGGCUGGCUUGCCUGAGCCCCCCACCAGCGAAAGCAUCUGAAGGCGGAGGCCCUCCUCCAGAAAAGAUUCCUUGAGUUUUAUUGUUUACAUCUUUAGUUCUGUUUAUGGGAAAACACACACAACAAUUACACAAUUAUUCAUUUAAAAUAGGGGAAAAACCCAAACAUGCGAUUGCUGUAAUUUUCCUCAUUGUCAAUUAUCCUUCACUGUGGGGGUUACAUUACUCGCUUGAUUCGUCUUGGUUGUCCCUUGGGGCACAUCCCAAUUUUUUGUACACAUUUUCCUGCGGCAUAGUUUUAAAUUAUUAA